CUGCCGACUUUCCCCACUCCCCAUCUGGAUGGGAAGUUGGGGAAGAUGGACAAGAUGGACAGGGUCGUGUUCGGGUGGACCGCUGUGUUCUGGUUAACAGCCCUGGUCGAAGGCCUUCAGGUCUCAGUUCCUGACAAGAAGAAGGUGGCCAUGCUCUUCCAGCCCACCGUGCUUCGCUGUCACUUCUCCACAUCCUCCCAUCAGCCUGCAGUGGUGCAGUGGAAAUUCAAAUCCUACUGCCAGGAUCGCAUGGGAGAAUCCUUGGGCAUGUCCUCUCCCAGGGCCCAGGCUCUCAGCAAGAGGAACCUGGAUUGGGACCCCUACUUGGAUUGUUUAGACAGCAGAAGGACCGUUCGAGUGGUAGCUUCCAAACAGGGCUCGACUGUUACCCUGGGAGACUUCUACAGGGGCAGAGAAAUCACAAUAGUUCAUGAUGCUGAUCUUCAGAUCGGAAAGCUCCUGUGGGGAGACAGUGGCCUGUAUUACUGCAUCAUCACCACUCCGGAUGACCUGGAAGGCAAAAACGAGGACUCGGUGGAACUGCUGGUGUUGGGCAGGACAGGGCUGCUUGCUGAUCUCUUGCCCAGUUUUGCUGUGGAGAUUAUGCCAGAGUGGGUGUUUGUUGGCCUGGUGAUCCUGGGGAUCUUCCUCUUCUUCGUGCUCGUGGGGAUCUGCUGGUGCCAGUGCUGCCCGCACAGCUGCUGCUGCUACGUCCGAUGCCCGUGCUGCCCGGAUUCCUGCUGCUGCCCUCAGGCCUUGUAUGAAGCAGGGAAAGCUGCCAAGUCCGGGUACCCUCCCUCUGUCUCCGGUGUCCCAGGCCCCUACUCCAUCCCCUCUGUCCCUUUGGGAGGAGGAGCCCCCUCUUCUGGCAUGCUGAUGGACAAGCCGCAUCCACCUCCCUUGGCACCAAGUGACUCCACUGGAGGAAGCCACAGUGUUCGCAAAGGUUACCGGAUCCAAGCUGACAAAGAGAGAGACUCCAUGAAGGUCCUGUACUAUGUCGAGAAGGAGCUGGCUCAGUUUGAUCCAGCCAGAAGGAUGAGAGGCAGAUAUAACAACACCAUCUCAGAACUCAGCUCCCUGCAUGACGAUGACAACAAUUUCCGUCAGUCUUACCACCAGAUGAGGAACAAGCAGUUCCCAAUGUCUGGGGACUUGGAGAGCAAUCCUGACUAUUGGUCAGGUGUCAUGGGAGGCAACAGUGGGACCAACCGGGGGCCAGCCCUGGAGUAUAACAAAGAGGACCGAGAGAGCUUCAGGCACAGCCAGCCGCGCUCCAAAUCCGAGAUGCUGUCACGGAAGAACUUUGCUACCGGCGUGCCUGCGGUGUCGAUGGACGAGCUGGCGGCCUUCGCAGACUCCUACGGCCAGCGAUCCCAAUGACUUUCCCACCAGGAUGUCCCUUGUGGUCUGAUUGUUUCAAGACACAUCUCUGGAUCACUAGAAAUCAGAUGCAGACUUUGGGACGAGACACAGAUCUGAGAGCCAGCAAGCCUAGGACCUUCUCUGGCCAGCAACCAACUUGGAAGAUUUGCUGAUUUCUGCUUUGGCAAGGGAUAGGAGGCACCCUUUAAGGAGGCUGAUUCCAAAUCCUAGUGCCCAUCUAGCUCGAGAAACGAGAAACUCACCAAGUAAACAAUGAUGUUUGAGAACAUACCACAUAAUAACUCACAGGGUUUAUCCUCCCCCCCCCCCCCCCCCCGCCAUUUCCUUAGCAGAAUCAAGACUCUGUCCAAUUUUGAAACAGGUAGCUUUGGACCCCUGACCUCUAGAAAUUACCUAAGCUUGCAGUCUGUUUUUCUACAAGUGCUGUUCUGUGCUUAGAGGCAGAAGAAUUUAUUACCACCAUUAGAAGACCUUCUGCUCACAAAAGAGAUAACUUCAAGGUAAAAUGCACCUUUUAUCCCCAUCACUUCCAGCCAUUGGUCAAUGAGUCUUGUUAUGUUAAAAUCAGAAGGCCUUUGGUGAGCUUAGUGGUAGUGACCUCCUGGGCAAUCACUGAAAUGACUUCAAUUUGCUGCUCUGACUCAAAAUUCUUAAGUGGCUGGGACAAACAGAGACUAGCAUUUUGAAACGCUAAGUGGUCUCUCUUUUUCCAUUCGGAAGACAUAGGCUGCUUUUCAUCUUUCUGUUGUACACAGUAACAUCCAAGCCUUGAACUCCUAAGGUCUCUCUCUCUCUCUCUCUCUCUCUCUCUCUCUCUCUCUCUCUCUCUCUCUCCCCCCUUUUCCUCUCUUCUUCUGAACUUUUUGGGGGCAGGUGCAUCUGGGGUGUUCCACUCCACUGUGCAGUGUGAGUAGCUUGUCAUCAGGUGCCUUUGACAGUUGUUUAAAACACACACAUGAAAAAGGAGAAGAGGAGACAACAGUGUUGCAAGAUGAAAAAUGGGAAAGAAUUUGAGAAGAAAAUAAUAUAUAGUCCCAUUAUAUCUUGAGUGUGGGUUGUUUUCCCCACAAACACUCAGGUUUUUUUUUUUUUAUUGGAUUUGUACCUCAUUUAAGGAUUAUUUCUGCCAUCCUGGUUACGCCACUGCAGGGCACCAGGGAUGUGGUGUCCCCUUCUCUUGGCCUCACUGGUCUGACACCGUGGAGGCUUUGGAGACAAGAAAGACACUGAUUUUUUUGGCAAGAAGCACUUUCUCUUCCUACCCUUGCAAAAAUAAUUGGUUUUGCCUAAAUCCCAAAUUGAGAAGGUUCUGGACUUUGCCAUGUGUGUAUACUGCCAAAGUGGCCGAAAGUUCUUCCCUUUUCAAGUUCCUGUGCAUGGACUUUGUCCUUUCUUGCUGCUCACAGACUCUAUCAAAUGUACCCGUAUCUAUCCUACAUGGCAAGAGAAGAGCCUGGUCACUACUGUCACUGUAUGUGAUGGUUUUACCAACUCAGCAGACACAGAAGAGCAUCUAGCCACAACCAACAAAAGAACUGCCUAGCUGAGCCGAGCCCAAACUGGGGGUUCCCACUUGAGAGAAGUUUGGUACUCCUGUGUGUCUAUUUAUCACCAAGGAUAAACCUCUCCCUCUCUCUCCCUCUCCCCACCUCAUCAGAAUGUUUGACCCUGAAUCAGUUACUCACCCAACCUUAGGUGUCAAGCAGCCUUCACUUUCUUUGACAGACUUUGCAGUCUGUAUUAUUGUAGCAAGACACAAUUGGGUGAAAUGACUGAACGAAGAUGAUGCUUGUCAUUCUAUAAUCCAGCGGUAAUCUAUUCUCUACUUACUGAUCUAUGUAUAGCCUCUGAAGAAGGUUGGUCAGAAUUUCCACCUGAUGGGAAUUCCAGAGUCUGUUCUGCUAGCAUUCAUUGUUCUUCAUGACAUUUCCAAAAAAUGUCCCAUGUGUGUGAUGUAAGAAGCUGCCGGGCAAAGGUUGGAGGGAUAAGCUAAUAUCAUUGCCUGGAGAAGAACUGUCCUGCUAAAGGAUGUCACAGUUGCUUUGGCCUGCCCUUAGAUGGAACAGGAAGAUACUUUAGCCCAGUGCUGGCACUUCCAAGGACUGGAAGACAAAGCCAUAACUCUGGUGCUGAGUUUUAGAAUUGCUAGUGUCCCUGGCCUCAGAAAGCUUAGGUCUGGUCUGUCUGUUUGGGCUCUAAAUCAAUAUGACAACAAAACAUCAUUUCUUAAUCACCAGCUUUUGAUUUCAACUUGCUCAGGCACUCUUGAAGAAUAUUGGAUAGCUGUGGUAGCUAUUGUUAUACUGAGCACUGUGUCAGGCUUCUUACCACCAAAGAGCCCCAUAGCACAGGCUACAGAGACCAAAUAUAUUGCUUUGUAAAGCCAGGGGCAUGUAUGAGCUUGGUGAAGACUGAGGGGAGCAAUAGGAAAAUACUGUUAAAAUUGGAAACAUAAAGUUCCAAAGGCAACAAGACUAUAGGCCGACAAUUUUAAAAAAAUCAAUGUAAAGAUGAUAGCAGGCUUUUGAAAUGAAUGGGGAGGGGGCACAGAUUGCUCUUCGUGGGUCUGCAUGAAUCAUUUGGGCUUCCAGGCCUUCUGUAGAGAGAGAAAGCAGUUGUUUCUGGGUAUGUGGAUAGGAGAUAAUGCUGAAUGGAGAAGCGAAGCUGGCUGUCCUCUGUGCCCUUGACUUUUCUUUAUACAUCCCUUUGUUUUUUUCUCCAAAUAGUGUGUCCUGCAUAGGAAGUGCCUAUACAUACUAGUUCCUUUUCUGUCUUUCUAGGGCAUCAAACAAGUCUGGUAUAAGAUGUGAUCUCCAUCCACUCAAGUCCCAAUUUAAUAAGGAAGCUAAGACAUGCCCAAGAAAGGAUAAGGAUAUUUUAUGCAUAUGAUAGGAAAUAGUGCUAUGGAAAAAUUAUAAUAAACCCAGAGAUUUAAAUUUUUUUAACACUUAAAUGGGAAUAUUUUGAUAUUUAAGUGUUGUGUUUGUCUAUCCAUCCCGUUUUUUUAAGGACACGCUCAGUGAUCUGCAAAGUCAGGCUGGAAAAAAUCUGAGCUGAGAAGAGGUGGAAAAGAAUGGAGAGGGAUGAGUGACAAGGGGCCUGGAGGGCUGGUGCUGGGGCUCCUGUCUUUGCCUGUGAGUCACAGCUGAGUCAGGGACAGGCCAGAGGAGGGAGUGUGGAAGCAGGUGGUGGGAGGUAUCCUGCUGUGCUCAGAGUUCUUCCCUAGGCUGUGUAUAGACUCAUUAGGAGACUGAUGCAAGCAAGCCCAGGGGAAGCUCAGCAUCCGGUCCUCUGGGCCCUCCUAUCUAUCCACAGCUUGGGGUCCAGUUUCUCAUCUCACUUCUUAGGAACCCCCACUUUGCACUUGGUGUGGGGCUGGGCAUACCAGGGUGAGCAGGGGCUGGCACUAAAUAUAGAAAUCUGGUUAGAUCUUAAGCAGCUUUCAGGAGGAAUGCAGUAACCAAUGCUGCUUUAGUUCAUCCACCUUCCCACCCCUUUUUAAAUAGACGGAUAAACCAUCACUCCGGUAAAUGAAGUCACAAACCUGUCCGACCUUUUAGAGUCCCAGUCUUUAGGCUUUUCCUGUUGGAUCUGUGUUUCUCAAAAUUGUCUGGCCAUAAGAAUUACUUGAGUUAGCAGACAACUUGAGUUUGGUUCCCAGCACCUUCAUGAUGGCUCACAACUGUCUGUAACCCCAAAUCAAUUCCAGGGGACCCAAUGAUCUCUUGGAGCAUCUGGGAGCACUUUAAUCACAUGGUGCACUUACAUGUAGGCAAAAUACUUACAACAUAAAAAUAAAUACAUUCUUAAAAAUUAAGAGAGGGGGCUGAGGAGAUGGCUCUGUGGUUAAGAGUACUGGCUAUUCUUCCAGAGGACCCACGUUUCAUUUCCCAGCACCUGGUGCCUCCCAGCUCCAGUUCUAGGGGUUCUGAUACCCUCUUCUGGUCUCUGAAGGUACUGCACACAUGUGGUGCACAGACACAUGCAGUCAAAACACACACUUGGAAAAGAAGUAAAGCAUUUGAAAAUCCUUGCUAAAAUAAUUAUUUGCCUGGAGAGUUGGGAAUGUGACUUGGUUGGUAGUACUUGCUUAGUAUGCACAAAGCCCUGAUUCAAUACCAACACCCUACACAUGCCUGUAAUCCCAAAAUUUGGGAAGUAGAGGCAGAAGGUUAGAAGUUCAAGGUCAUCCUUGGUUAUGUAGUGAGUUCAAGGCUAGCCUGGGCUACAUGAUACUCUGUCUUAAAGAACCAAACAAUAAUAAGUGAAAAACACAAGGAUGACUUGACUGCCACUGUCAAAAAAUGUUGAGCUGUGCCUUGGAGAAUGGAGGGGUGGAUUUGGAGUAAAGAUUUAUACUCUGAAUAUGUACACUUCAUAGAUAACUUUGGGUAGUGUUACCCUGAAUUGUACCUCUGGUGCACCUCUAACUGAUGGCUGCAAGUAUUGUUUGGGCUGUGGAUUAUUUUAUUCAAAUAUCAAGGUGAAGUCUCUCUGACUCCCUUGGGACUGACACUGAUGAGGCACCCAGCAGCCUGGCCAUAACACUGGAGACUCACAGUCCAGCUGAAAGGAAACAUUCUAAGGGAGAGAGUUGGAAGUCCUCCCCAGGAGUCUGCUUGAUAUGUUCCAACUCCCAGAAUAGUGAUCUGUUGUGACAGGCUCAGAUCAGACAACAGGAAUUACAGGCAAUUUUCUUAUUCCCUUGGUGCCAUCCUGAAUAAAACUUAGAUCAUGAAUAGAAAGAAAGGAACCAUCAGGGAAAAUGGCAAAUGUAAAUCAUUUUUAAAGGAUAUAAACUAACAGCCUCUCUAAUAAUGUAAUUUUCAUGUUACGAUCAAAGGUGGGGUGGAGAAAAAUAAUAAAACACACAACAUUACCCCUUCCAAAAUCAGGUUUAAUUGCUGCCAGAAUCUUAUGAGAGUUUGGAAGUGAUGCGAAGAAGGUGGAAGCUCUAAGGUCCUAGAAGCAAAAUAGUGCCUGAUUUUCCCUGCCAGGACCCUACCUUCUGGUCACGUAGGAUGAUGAUGGAAGCAAAGGCCCCAGUGGCAUCAAAGCUGAGUAGGGAGAAGUUGAGUUGCUUCAAGCAGCUUCGGUUAGCAUUUCGGGGUGAUACGGUCAGUUUUUAAUGCCAUGUGCAUUACUUCUGUGAUACACGGCUGUUUACACGCCACUUCCACAAGCAUUCAGCUGUGCUUCCCAGCAAGCCCUGUGAUAGAGGCAGGGCAGGUGUUCUCCCAUCGUUCAGAAUGCGGAGCUCAGGCUGGAUAUGCCAAGUGACUCGCCUAUUGCCUGAAGGCUUUUAGAGUCUUUAGAUGGCCUUCUGACUGUCUAGGGUUCUUUCCAACCCGUGCAGCACUCACAGGCCAAGACUCCGGCUUAUUCCCGUCACAACCAGAUAUGUAGUGAGGAGAGUCCUGGACUCAGUGGUGAGGAGAAGCCACGAAGACAGGAAUUUGCCGCUUCAUCUGUCGGCAUGCUGUUCCUAGAAGUCUGCCCUGAGAGGGGGGUGUCUUUGCUGGGAGAGUUUGAUGCUGAGCACCAUGCUGUGAUGGGGGAAGGUUUGAAGAAUGUGUCGAAACUUUCUGGAUUCUUCUCAAAGAUGAAUUCCUAAGCCAAGCUACAAGUUCAUCCAGGCUCAGAAUUCCAGGAUUGUGGGCAGGAGCCAUCAUCUUCACUAUAUUUUUAGAUUUUUUUAAAAGGUGGAAUUGAGGAUCCAGAUCUAGAGGGAGACAAGGAAGGUAAGGAGAAAGUUGUAGCAGUUGAGCUAGAAAGUCUUGUUAGAAUUUUUGAUGGGGCUGACUGGACAGGGGGAAAUGUGGUCCUAUCCCUUUUAUCUAGAAGGCUAAGAAAGAUGCCCAUAGCUUCUCUCCUGCCACAUAUAUUAACAAAGGUGUUAGGCACUACUCCGUGAGACAUUUCCUUGUGGAAAUGAAGAAUGUGACAUUAAGACAGUGAGAUGAAGAGAAGACGCCUACUUCAUGAGAGUCACCUCCCCAGUUGUUUCUGUGCCUCGUCUGUGACAUGAAAAGUGAAGUGUUUGUGUCACUGUUGCCCAUGAUUUUUUCCUGUGUCAGACAUACGAAGUGUAUUCAGUUGUAAUGUUUUAAAGUAAAUAAAGCAUUUUCAUCAACUUUUGUUAUACUUAA